UUACGCAUGCGUCUUUUCAGAAUUUUCAUUUUGUAGAGGGUUAGUUAACUUCUCUUCUUUGCAUUUGAGAAAAUUCUUUAAUAUAAUAAUUAUGCCUGUUGAAGAGGUAGCUAAAAUAAACAGACAACCAGCUGGUGGUCCCUUGGGACUUGGCGAUCCUGAUGAUACAUUUCUCAGAAAAGUGGAAAAGGAAGUUCUUAUUCCACAAAAAAUGCGGGACAAAGCAAAAACAGAAAAAUGUAUUGAAGAGGUUAAAAAUUUUACUGAAUGUUGUGCAAGUUCUGGAAUAGCAAUGGUUUAUAAAUGCCGUGCAGAAAAUAGUUUACUGAAGUCUUGUUUAUCUCGUUGGUAUGACGAUGAUGAAUUUAAGAGAAUUUGCAAAGAAGAAUAUUUAAUAGAAAGGAGUGAAUUUAGGAGAACUGGAAUCAGGAAGGGGUCUCAAAGAAUAGGAGUAUCAAUGUAAUUUUACAUAGGAAUAUUUAUUUUCAAAAUAAGUUUAUAAAUUUACAUAGUAGUUUUA